CCUCGCUCCUCCUGCGGCUGCUGCUAAGCCCAAGGGCUUCCCUGUUGGGGCAGCGGCCAAGAAGGCAGCAACCAAGAAACCAGCAGCAAAGGGUGGUCGGCCUCUCCUAUCUCCGACGAGUAGAUCUGCAGCUGUAGCCACUAAAAAGGUGCAAAAGCAGCACCUGAAACGCUCCCUUGGACUGAACAAGAUGUCUACCGGUAGUGAUGGGAGCAUCAACCCGCAAUGUGGAUCAGAAGCAUCACAAGUGCAAUUAGAUUCAGAUCCAAUCACCGGAUCACCUCAGCCUGAAUCGGCCAAUGAUUCAUUGCCAAUUGAGAUAGAUGAUGAUGAAGAAGAGGAAUACAUCAUGGCUGGUUCUAAGAAGAGAAAGCUCAAAUCACCGGUUUGGAAUGAGUUCACAAAAGUGAAGAUUGGGAACACUGAAUAUGCAAAAUGCAACUAUUGCUCGAAGAAGCUUUCUGGUUUGUCAAGAAAUGGGACUAACCAUUUGAAGUGUCAUUUGAAGUCUUGUGUGCUGAAGAAGAUCAAGCUUAAUGGGCAGACAAUGGUACAAUCUGGUUUGAGAUUUAAUAGGACAGAUGCAGGCACAAUCUCAGUGGAAAACUACAACCUUUGACCAAGAUAUAGCUAGGGCAGAACUUAAUGCCAUGAUAGUUCUUCAUGAGUACCCUUUAAGCAUGGUUGAUCAUGUUGGCUUUCGAAGAUUUGUCGGCGCACUUCAACCACUGUUCAAAAUUGGAACAAGGAACACAAUAAGAUCUGAUAUUAUGGCACAAUAUGAGUUGGAGAAAAAAAAGCCAUUGAAUAUAUGGCUGCAAUUCAGUCAAGGGUGGCCAUCACUACUGAUAUGUGGACAUCUGACAACCAAAAGAGAGGUUACAUGGCCAUCACAACACAUUUUAUUAAUGAAUCUUGGAGUCUUAGAAACAUUCUUAUGAGAUUCAUUUAUGUCCCUGCUCCUCACACUGCUGAAAUUAUUGGUGAAGAAUUGUAUGACAGCUUGGUUCAGUAGAAUCUUGAUGAGAAGAUAUCAGCAAUUACUCUUGACAAUUGCACUACCAAUGAUGCAGUAAUCCCUUUGCUUGUUAGGAAUAUUGGAAGACAUAAGCUCUUGAAUGAUGGUAAGCUGUUGCAUAUGCGAUGUUCUGCUCAUAUUCUCAAUCUAAUAGUGAAGGAUGGGUUAGAGGUGUUGAAAGAUGUAAUAGAAAACAUUCGUGAUAGUGUAGCAUAUUGGACAGCUACACCAAAAAGGGCUGAAAAGUUUGAGGAGAUAGCUAAGUUUGUUAAAGUGGAAGCCACAACUAAAAUAAUUCUUGACUGUAAGACUAGGUGGAACUCAACUUUUACCAUGCUUAGUCAUGCAUUGCCAUACAAGUUUGCUUUCAUUAGGGCAAGCCGUGUAGAUAGGCUGUACACUUGCUUGCCAUCUGAGGAUGAGUGGAAUUUUGCUGAGGAUGUUGUAGGGAGGCUCAAAUUGUUCAAUGACAUCAGUAAAUUGUUUUUUGGGACAGAUUAUGUAACAGCUAACAUAUAUUUCACUAAAAUUGCUGAGGUUAGAAAGGAGAUUAGGGAGUGGUCAACUUGUGGAAACCCUUUAGUGCAAGCCAUGUCAGCCAAUAUGGUAGCCAAAUUUGACAAAUAUUGGACAGAUAUUCAAGGGUUCAUGGGCAUUGCAACUAUUCUUGAUCCUAGAUUUAAAACCACAGUGUUGCUGAUUUGUUUUGAGGAUUUGCUUGGGACAACUGGUAGAGAGUGCGAGGAUAGGGUUCUCGAGGUUAAGAAUUUGUUGGCUGAUUUGAUGCUUGAGUACCAUGGGGAAGAUGAUGUGGGAAACAAUAUUCCAGCAGCACCUGCAAUAGGACCCAGUGAUGAUUACUUAUCUUCCAUGAUGGCUCGUGUUGCUAGUAGAAGGCCAACAACAAUGGGAUUCAAGACUGAGUUAGAUCGCUACUUGGAUGAAGAGCUAUUGGACAUGAAUACUAAGAAUUUUAAAGUUUUAGAUUGGUGGAAGGUGGCUGGAACUCGGUUUCCAACUUUGAGAAAGAUUGCUAGAGAUAUAUUUGCUAUUCCUGUUACAACAGUUGCUUCAGAAUCAGCAUUUAGCACUGGUGGUAGGGUUUUAAGUGAGCAUCGCAGCAGGCUUACUUACAAGAUGUUGGAGGCCCUAAUGUGCUCUCAAGAUUGGCUAAGAAACAAGUACAAAGGUAUAUUUAACCCUGCUCCUAUGUCCUUGCUGUUAAUUUCUGCAAUACAAACCAACUCAUUUGCUCAUUUAUAG